UUGCUGUUUCCUUUUCUGUUUUUUUAUUUACUUACAGCAUGUUAUGUAAAAAAAAUUGAUUAAUUAAAAGAAUAUUUAAUUUAAAUAAGUGAAUAAGUGAAUUACCAACAAUCAAAAUGAUGGCCAAACGUCCUAUGACAGAAGAUCUGUCAAAUGUCGAAUUCGAAACCAGUGAAGAUGUUGAAGUUCUGUCAACUUUCGAUCAAAUGGGCCUUCGCGAAGACUUGAUUCGCGGUAUCUACGGAUAUGGUUUCGAAAAACCGUCAGCUAUUCAGCAAAGAGCUAUCAAACCCAUCGUCAAGGGAAGAGAUGUUAUCGCCCAAGCUCAGUCAGGUACUGGUAAAACCGCCACCUUCAGUAUCGCUAUUCUGCAGUCAAUCGAUAUGCAAGUGAGAGAUGUUCAAGUAUUGUGUUUAUCACCUACCCGAGAACUCGCUUGUCAAAUUCAAAAGGUAGUUUUGGCCCUCGGAGAUUUCAUGAAUGUUCAAUGCCAUGCUUGUAUCGGUGGUACCGCUUUGGGAGAAGAUUUAAGAAAACUUGAUUAUGGGCAACAUGUCGUAUCUGGUACUCCCGGUCGUGUUUUUGAUAUGAUUAGACGACGUGUAUUGAGAACACGAAAUAUUAAAAUGUUGGUAUUGGACGAAGCUGACGAAAUGUUGAACAAGGGAUUCAAAGAGCAGAUCUACGAUGUUUAUAGAUAUUUACCGCCUGCAACUCAGGUGUGCCUGAUAUCUGCUACAUUACCUCACGAAAUUCUAGAGAUGACCAGUAAAUUUAUGACAGACCCUAUUAGAAUUUUAGUCAAACGUGAUGAAUUGACCUUAGAAGGUAUCAAACAAUUUUUCGUCGCUGUUGAACGUGAAGAAUGGAAAUUCGAUACUUUGUGCGAUUUAUACGAUACAUUAACUAUUACACAAGCUGUAAUCUUCUGCAAUACCAAAAGGAAGGUGGAUUGGUUGACAGAAAAAAUGAGAGAAGCCAACUUCACUGUUAGUUCCAUGCAUGGAGAUAUGCCUCAGAAAGAAAGAGAUGCCAUUAUGAAAGAAUUUCGUUCCGGUCAAAGUCGAGUUCUGAUCACCACCGAUGUUUGGGCUCGAGGAAUUGACGUUCAACAAGUUUCUCUAGUAAUUAAUUACGAUUUACCGAACAGUCGUGAAUUGUACAUUCACAGAAUUGGACGAUCGGGUCGUUUUGGACGUAAAGGUGUAGCGAUCAAUUUCGUUAAAAGUGACGAUAUUAGAAUUUUAAGAGAUAUUGAACAGUACUAUUCUACACAGAUCGAUGAAAUGCCGAUGAACGUUGCUGAUCUUAUUUAAACCAAAACUUGGAAUCGCACUUGCAGGAAGCAGGAUUUUGUAAUAUUAAUUUUUAUACGUUAAAUUCAAUGUACAGUAUGGAAUAAAUAUUUUAAAUUACAUCAUGAAA